AUGUUUUUCGUGAGCACUUACCUUGGCCGGAGCCCAGAGGCACUGCUCAAGUACAAGUCAAGAAUUGUGAGCGUGUGCGUCAUCUCCUGGAUGUUCGCUAUGUUCAUUCUGCAGCAGUACACGCAGACGGAGAUCACCGCGUCUCGAAGCGUUCCGGCCCUUUCGGCCGGUAUGAAAAGUGCGACAGAGUUUAUGUCUCGGCUCGACUCUGGGAGCAUACUGCCGUGCGUUCACUUCAUCACUUCCGACAUUAUCGACAAGUUAGGCAUCGAAGGAUCGCGCUUGAAGUCGCUGCGUCAUGCGUUGCGGAAGUGCGGGAACGAAUGCGUGACUGACAAUUUCAAUGACUGCUUCCCCUUAGCUGAGGCGGGCACGCACGCCCUCGUGGCAGAAUGCAGCACUGUUCAGGCGAGGAGCCGCUUCGGGUCUUGGCUCGUGGCCAGCGACGAAGCCCUUGUCUCAUUCCUCAUGUGCUAUCCGACGCACCCAAGAUUUCCCCGGAGGCACCAGCAGCGACGACUCCUUCGUGCCCUGCAUGAGUCGGGCCUCUACACAAAGUACCUGACGAAGGAAGUUCCGCCACCCAUCAGUGGCGACCUCGCUUCCUUCGACAUUCCGUUCACCGAGUAUGUCGUAGUGUACGCCUUGGGAUGUGGCCUCUCACUCGUCGCCUUCGGCGCUGAGGUCCUUUGGCAACAGUGCGGCCGUGCAAGGCGUCGCCUAGUUCCUCAGAUUUGCAAAUGGCUGCACUGGCGCGCGGAUGGGUUGCCCAGCGUAGACUCACUCUCCGAUCCUCUGACGUAA